AUGACCUCCAAUCCAUUGACCAAUGUUGAAUGUGUCACUGCCUUAGUGAAACAUUGUAAAGACUUUGUUGAGGAAUGUGUCAGAGGCACUGUCAAUGUCCUUGACUUUGCAGACAGACUUCACCAGCUUGGCAUUUCAUCUGAGGCUGCUGGAGAUUACAUCAGACUUUUGCAGGAGUGGAUUAAGCAAGCUGGCACACAAAGCUUGACUGUUACCUCCUCUAACAUUCAAGAUGGUGACAACAAGGAUAUUGGUGCAUCAGACUACAGGAAGGCUACUCCACCAGACUUGUCUCAGGCUGAAGUCAAGGAGUUUUGA